GAUAAGCUGGCUACAUAUAUCUUUUGUGAGGCGAAAUCUUCUCUGGAAUUCUAAAUUAUCCAAAUUGAAUGGAUCAUAAGUAUUUCGCAGAUGAAUUCUCUCAAUAUUGAAGUUUCUCAACCUCUGCCUUCUGGGUUGUCUGGCUAAUAAUAUAUUAACCGGUAACAUUUUAAUUCACUAAUUCCUUUCUUAACAUUCACAAUAUUAAAAGAGCACUAGCUAGAAAUUAUUUGUAUUGAGGUUAUACCUUAUAUUAUUUGUUAUUAUAUAUAGAAAAGAAGAAGAAUGCAUAAGAUUUUGUUCGAUGUUUUCAGCUUGGUCUUAGAUUCUCUGUCGAUGAUACGAAGAAAGCCGACGUGUUAUCGGAAAUAGUUUGUCGAGUGACUAUGGUGAAACUUAUCCAUCGAAUCGACUUCGUCUUGCUCGAUAUCUCAAUCCGACAUCGACAGUUAUCGAUUGUCUGUGGUUCCACUGCUGUUUGACAUUAUCUGGAACGGCUGACAUCACUAGUGCCUCAACUUUCAUUUUUCCGGGUCAUAUAGCUUCACCCGAGACUUAUCUUCCAAGGUAUUCCGAAGAUGACUGAAGAAAACGGCAUUUCUUAUUAUUUAAAGAAAAACCCGCGAUAGAAAGUGCCUCUAGUACUCGCCGAUGAUUAUCGAACCCCUCUUUCGGAGUCGCACAUUAGGAAUCAAAAUGCAGUCUUAUGAAUGGAUCCUUCCUCGAUAGGGAUUUGAUGGAAACCGAAAGCCAUAUCGAAGGAUUUAAAAUAACGUCCAUUGCCCAGUCUAUCCAACAUCGAUGAGUGGCAGAGGAAAGCGAUCUUUAAUUGUGAAGCGGUUAAGUUCGCGAAAGUCUAUGCACAUUCGAAAUGAGCUAUCUUUUUUUCUAACAAGCAGCACAGGACUUGCAAACGGUGAUUCACUUGAUAUUAUUACUCAUCAAAUCUUCUGUUAUUUCUUGAACUGUCCCCCUUUCACUGAUAGCCAGGCGAUAGGGAGUACGAUUGACAAUAAUGUCUUUCUCCAAGCGUAUUUUCAGGCUUAUAUUAUUGACAGUUCCUACUUUAUUUCCAUUUGUAAUCAUACUGGCGAAAUCUCGAAGAAUUGCUUGUAGAUUACUGCGGAACUCUGCAGGAACAUCAACUUCAAAUAACCCAGAACUAAGAAAGCACACGAAGAAAUGUAAGGAGGAGGAGCACAGAGGAGGAGGAGAGGAGCACAGAGUACUAGGGAUGAAGGAAAAAGGAUGAGACGAAUGAAUGAUUAUAAAAGAGAGAGGAAUAGGUAUAAAAGAAAGGCGCGGUAGCUUCUUAUUGGUCGACUGGCUAAUGACAAAAAGUAAAGGAAUGAAGGUGGACUUCCGAAUAAUAAGAAAUCUAGAUUCGUUGCUAAGAAAAAAAUAGAAAUCGAUUCGAUCCUUCAUGAAUGAAGUCCCGCACAAUUUUUUGAGUGAUUAUACCUAUACAAGUAAAUAUUUUCUAGGAGAUUUUGUUAGUUUUUGAAAGGAGCGAAAUGCAAAUCGAGAUGACCGUUUUGAAAAAAAUAUCUAUAUUCAGAAGAAUUUGAGCCUUUCACUGCGACUCAUCCCAACUGAAAAAAAACUUGUUCAGAAGUAGCGUAUGAUUUUUUUUAUACAACUGCACAAGCUAACGGUAGCUCUUCGUCUGGCGGCACUGGGUCCUGGAUUCAAACUAGAUAAAAUGAUUUUAUUAUUAUUACUACGUUACCUUUUAUUUUUUUGGUGGUCAAUUGCCACGGGGCGCCACUAAAGUUGUUGGUGUUUUGGAACUCAGAAACCUCUUGAGUAUUGACAGAGAGUAAUGAAAUGAAAUUUUAAAAUACCCAAUUAAAUUUUAAUAAUAACCCAAAAACAUGACAUACAAUUAGAGGAGUAUAUACAAUGAAUAACAAAGUACCUAUGAUUUUUUUGAUACUGAUAAUUUUUUAAAUUGUUCAGUUUUCAACCGGUUUGAUGAUACCAAGAUGAAAUAACUUCAGAACAUAUUUAAAACUAGGUGAAACUGACCUCAAUAAUCUUUACAAGGUGGUGGUGACAUUCAAGUGAUUAUAAUGUGUUGAUGUUAGCAAUUCUGUACUUAUACAACAACCUUUUCUCUCAUAUGCUUUGUUAGUUGCAUAUAUUUAUCUGUUGAAUUGUAAUACUUCAUUAUGUUCCAUAUAGAUGGCAGCACAAGAUGUAACUAUUGGAUUGUCAUUUUUCCUCAAGUAGUAGUCUGUCACUGUCAAUAGUUAAGAAGCGUUUGUAUCAGAUUAAUAAAUGAAGUUUAUGUUCAUAAUCCCGAAAUCCUGAUCACUUACUAUAUUCAGCUCUGCAUUAUCCCAUAUAAUGUUAUUUGUUUAUCUGAAUGGAAGCUCAGACGAAAUCUAGAAACAGGAAUGGCUGGAAUAAAACUGGACUCGACAACGCAUGGGCUCAGCAACUGAGCAUCUCAGCGACUGAAGGGUGUUCAGCAACACGAUGAUCCAUCAAAAUCUGCUGCCUUUCGCAUUGAAAACGAAGGAAACUUGGGGGAACCAGGAAGCUCCAAAAGUACGCCCCAAAACAGAUACCCUGUGAAAUAGGUACAUUUUGCUACCCAUUUCAUGUUUUUUAUAUUUGCGUGAACGGAAGGAAUUUUAAAUUGUCGUUCCGAUGUAAAACAGUUUGUUUUAAACAGUCUUUUUUACAUACUCUUGACUCCAGAGGUAUUUCAAACCACGAUAGGUGUUCAAACAAAUAAACAGAUGGAAUACUGCCUGUGUUUGAUAGACAUAUUAUCAAACACCAGAAAUAGAGCAGAUUCACAUGAGGUCUAAUCCUCUCAACAGAUACUACACGACUUCCCAUUUUUCUACAAUCUCAUAAAAAUGGCAAUCUUUAAAAACUUUUUGUUGAACGGAAACUAACUAGAACUCUAGAACCUUCAACUUCAGUGUGUACUUUGCCCAUCGUACAGAAGUGUAAUAUCUGUCUCUCUUCAAUACAUAUCAGAAUGAGAGAGCAAUGAACAUGACAUAUUAGUACAAGGUUGUAAAUAAGUAAAGGUCGCACCAUAAACAUUGGAUGAACAAGAUUGGAUGAUUUCCUACUGACGCAAGAGUAGAGGAUGGUACAGAGAUGUCAACUAGAUUAGGUCAACCUUGAAGGUAAAUAACCUAUGAUUCGAAUGUAAACAAUGAACACCACUCCGGAAAGAUUACUUGAGAUUCAGUAACAUAAUUUUCAAUUCAAUUUAUUUUUCAAUAUAUUUUUCAAUUCAAUUUAUUUUUUGCCUAGCGUGAGUAGACUCACGCUAGGCAAAUAUAGUCAGUUUUGUGAUGUCUAAAUCGGCAUGGCAUUUGUACAAUUGUAUAUCUUAUGUAAUUGAUAAGUGGUAUAAUUGAUAAUGGUAAGUGAAGCUUACUUAUAUUUUUUAUGAAUAUAGAAAGAGGAUAAGAGAGAGAAUUUAGAAUUAGGGUUCAAAUGAGAUUGGAUAAUCUCAAUCAUUUCGACUAGGGUAUAACCGCUUAUUGUGGUAUUAUUGUUAAAUUUCGGUAGUGUAAUGGUACAGUUACACAUGCUAGUUAGUAGCACGAAAGCAUGCUACUUUUGAGCAAUUGCUACUUAGUGGCAUUGUUAAUAAUGAGCAUGCUAGUUUCGAAUUUGCUCAAAAAUCGACGGUCGUGCGAUUAUUGGGCAUGCUACCUGCAGCGCGGGUGGAAGGGGGCGUGCUUAUAGCGUGUGUGAACAGGUUUGCUUAUUGAGCAUGCUAGUAUCGAUCAGUCGUUAGCGGCAGGUGCGCGUGCACAAUUUCGCGCUAAAAAUGUCUCGCUGGGGCGAUGAAAAAACGUUGAAAUUUGUGAUUUUAUAUCGGAACAAUGAAUGCCUAUGGAAUCCACGCAUACCAGAAUACAAAAACAAUAUUGCAAGAAAUAAUGCAUAUCAAGAUAUAUUAACCAACAUGGACGAUCCUGCUUUGACUUUGAAAAUUAUAAAAACAAAAAUAAAAAACUUGAGGUCUGUUUACCACAGCGAAUUAUAAAAAAUUGAGAGUUCCAAGCGAUCCGGUUCUGGUACCGUUACUGUGUACAACCCAUCCACAUCCUGGUUUCACGAAAUGAAUUCUUUUCUUGGAGACACUGGCAAGUACAGGGACCCUAUUUCUAUGGAAUUGAUACAGGACAGAGAAGAGUCAUCGGAAGAUUCACAACUAAGUGAUGCUGUUUCAUAUUCAAACUCGUUGACACCGCAGUCGGUGAACUUGCUAUCACCCUCCCCUCCUCCAACUACAGAAGAUCGAUCACAAUCCCGUUCAUCUAAUAACAGCUCGUCAACACGACGUAGAAAGAGAAGCUUACAAGAAGAACCCAUUACCUGUGCGCUCGCUCGUUUGGAAAAUAUUUCUUCUGCUAUAAAUACACAGUCUAAUUACGAUGAAUUCCAUUAUUUUGCUCAAAAUGUUGCAGCUCAAUUGCGAGCCCUACCAUUGUACGAGGCAUUAGAUGUACAAAAUGAGAUCCAAAAAAUUCUGACUGCAGCAAGACGCCGAUACCAGUACACAAAUUUGUCUCCCUUUACACCUGUCACUUACACACCUCCUGCUACAAAUAUACAAACAAUGACUUUCAUACCCCCACCUACUACAAAUACACAAACUUUCAUACCUUCCAAUACAAUCACAAACUCAGUCACUUAUACACCUCCUACUACAAAUACACAAACAAUGACUUUCAUACCUUCCAGUACAAACACAAACACAGUCACUUACACAUUUCCUUACUCGUUAUCCCAAUCAGAUUCUACCGUCUCCGAAGAAGAUUUGUUGAACAAAGCAUGGAAAACGUGUUAAAGCUAAGAAUAUAAAUUUUGUUAAAACAAACAAUAAAUACUUGAUCUUACUAAUAA